UGCACAGGAGAGAAAAUGGCCGCGUCGCCCCUACUGCCACCCGGGGAGGAGCUGGUGGCCAUCGCCGUCUUUGCCUGGCCUCGGUGUCCCCGUCUCUGCGCGGCUCCCGGUUUGCCGUGCGGUCGGCCCCUCUCCGGUUUCCCGUGUCUUGGGGCCGCCCCGUGUGCGACUCCCGGGGUGGCCGGAGGCCAGAGAGGGCCGCGGGGGGCCGGGCCUCCCUGGGCUUCUUCGUGUGGGCCGAGCGGCCUCAGAGGGGCAGUCCGCGGCCGGAGUUUGGAUGUACUUCCUAGAGUGACUUGCCCAAAUCAUCCAGACUCCAUUUUAGUAGAGGAUUACAGAGCUGGUGAUAUGAUUUGUUCUGAGUGUGGGCUAGUAGUAGGUGACCGGGUCAUAGAUGUAGGGUCAGAGUGGAGAACUUUCAGCAAUGACAAAGCAACAAAAGAUCCAUCUCGAGUUGGGGAUACCCAGAAUCCUUUGUUGAGCGAUGGCGACUUGAGUACAAUGAUUGGCAAGGGCACAGGUGCAGCAAGUUUUGAUGAAUUUGGGAAUUCAAAGUACCAAAAUCGCAGAACUAUGAGCAGCUCUGAUCGUGCAAUGAUGAAUGCUUUUAAAGAAAUUACGAACAUGGCAGACAGAAUCAACCUCCCUAGAAAUAUAGUUGAUCGAACAAAUAAUUUAUUCAAGCAAGUGUAUGAGCAAAAGAGCCUGAAGGGAAGGAGUAAUGAUGCUAUUGCUUCUGCUUGUCUCUACAUAGCCUGUAGGCAGGAGGGUGUUCCAAGAACAUUUAAAGAAAUAUGUGCAGUGUCCAGGAUUUCAAAGAAAGAGAUAGGCCGGUGUUUUAAACUUAUUUUGAAAGCUCUUGAAACCAGUGUUGAUCUGAUUACAACUGGAGACUUCAUGUCAAGAUUCUGUUCCAAUCUGGGUCUUCCCAAACAAGUACAAAUGGCAGCAACACACAUUGCCCGUAAAGCUGUGGAAUUAGAUUUGGUUCCUGGGAGAAGCCCUAUCUCUGUAGCAGCUGCAGCUAUUUACAUGGCAUCACAAGCUUCUGCAGAGAAAAGGACACAAAAAGAAAUUGGUGACAUUGCUGGUGUGGCUGACGUUACGAUUAGACAAUCGUACAGGCUGAUCUACCCUCGAGCUCCAGAUCUCUUCCCAGCAGACUUCAAGUUUGAUACCCCAGUAGACAAACUACCACAGCUGUGAAAUUGCGGAGGGUUGCAUUUAAUUUCUAUUAAAAAAAACCCCCAACAGCAACAAACUUUUGAUUUUUGCCUAUAAUAAAGGAUGUACAAAGUGUUAAUAUUGGGUCUUCAUGUUGUGCAACUGGAGGAGAUGGAGAAUAACUGCUGGAUUGCAGCACACAUUCCAAGGGUAAACAAGCUCAUUGUGUGGCAUUUUGUAUGUAUAUAUUAGUGGAAGUAAAUAUUUAAUGACUGUUGCAAAAAACCUUAAUUUCAUAUUGUUGUACUUAUUUAGAUUUUUUUUGUAGGGAUCUAGUAAGAUGUAUUUUGGAAAAUUUAAAAUAUUAUGUAAUUCCCAAAUAAACUGUUUUCCAAAAACA